ACAGCCUGCCCCCAGCUUCCUUCCUUCCUUCUCACCUUCCUCCUCUCUUCGCCUCCUCCCCUCUUCUUCCCCACUCCUCCCCCUCCCAAUCCCAAAUCGCAAUUACUCCCCAAGCCGCGAGAGAGCCCGAGAGUAAACUAAUCGCCAUCCGCCACCGCGCAGCCGCGGCAGCUAGCUCGCGAGAAGAAAACGCCACGCGACCCGAGAGCGAGAGAGAGAGAGAGCUAAGCCGCCGUGCGCCACGCCACCACCACCAACCCAUCCCAAUCUCUCUCUCUCUCUCUCCUCGUGCUCCUAGCUACAAGAAGAACCCCCUCACCCCCACCCCGGACACCUACCUAGCCGCUACCCCUCUCUCUUCCUCUUCUUCUUCUUCUUCCCUCUUCUUGUGGUGGUGGGUUUGACCCAAGAACGGAGGAGGGAUAGGGCGGGCGGCGAUGGGGGCAGUUCGGGGGAUUUUGGUCGUGGCGGUGGUUCUUGCGGUGGCGGCGAUUCUUGCUGGGGCGGCGGAGGGGAAGGUGAACGGGAAGGCGAAGGGGAAGUACAGGGCGCUGUUCAACUUCGGGGACUCGCUGGCCGACGCCGGCAACCUCCUCGCCAACGGCGUCGACUUCCGCCUCGCUACCGCCCAGCUCCCCUACGGCCAGACCUUCCCCGGCCACCCCACCGGCCGCUGCUCCGACGGCCGCCUCGUCGUCGACCACCUCGCCGACGAGUUCGGCCUGCCGCUGCUGCCGCCGUCCAAGCUCAAGAACUCCAGCUUCGCUCACGGCGCCAACUUCGCCAUCACCGGCGCCACCGCGCUCGACACCCCCUACUUCGAGGCCAAGGGGCUCGGCGCCGUCGUCUGGAACUCCGGCGCCCUCCUCACCCAAAUCCAGUGGUUCCGCGAUCUCAAGCCCUUCUUCUGCAACUCCACCAAGGUGGAAUGCGAUGAAUUCUAUGCGAAUUCGCUCUUCGUCGUCGGCGAGUUUGGUGGCAACGACUACAAUGCGCCGCUGUUUGCGGGGAAGGGCCUUGAGGAGGCCUACAAGUUCAUGCCGGAUGUCAUCCAGGCUAUCUCCGAUGGCAUCGAGCAAUUGAUUGCUGAGGGCGCAAGGGAGCUGAUUGUACCCGGUGUGAUGCCCACUGGAUGCUUCCCUGUCUACUUGAACAUGCUCGAUGAGCCGGCCGAUGGGUAUGGCCCCCAGAGCGGCUGCGUCCGUCGGUACAACACAUUCUCAUGGGUGCACAAUGCACAUCUCAAGCGCAUGCUUGAGAAGCUCCGGCCCAAGCACCCCAAUGUGAGGAUCAUAUAUGGCGAUUACUACACGCCUGUUAUCCAGUUCAUGCUUCAGCCCGAGAAGUUUGGAUUUUACAAGCAGCUACCUAGGGCAUGCUGCGGGGCUCCUGGGUCCGUUGCGAAGGCCGCUUACAACUUCAAUGUCACAGCCAAAUGUGGUGAGGCUGGUGCAACCGCGUGUGAUGAUCCAUCAACCCAUUGGAGCUGGGAUGGCAUUCACCUGACAGAGGCGGCUUACGGUCACAUUGCCAGAGGUUGGGUAUAUGGUCCUUUCGCUGACCAACCGAUCUUCCAAUCUUCAUGAGAAAGUCACUUCUUCCGUUGUAAUUGUAGAGGUGUAUCACGAUAGUGCACUGAAAUGGAGCAGGGAAAGUAGUUCUUCCAUAUGGUUCCAAGGUUGCAUACAUGUAUAUUUUCAUUCUAUUACAUUCAUUGCAGUCAGGUACAAAGGUGGAAUAGGGCUGUCAAAAGCUUGAUUUUGUUUAUUUGUCAGGCGACAUAACUAUGAAAAUGUAACAGACACAUGAUUGUGUAAAUUGCCUCCGGAAAUAUGAUACAAAUUGUCUUUUUGAGUA